AUGGCUUCAUCUUCCUCCCCUGCUCCAUCUUCUCAAUAUCCAGGGCCACAUGAUAUUUUUGUGAGUUUUAGAGGUGAGGACACCCGCGGAAAUUUCACCAGCCACCUUCAUGCAGCCCUUCGCAGAAACGAAAUCGAUACAUACAUCGACGAGGGAAUUGAGAAAGGAGAUGAGGUAUGGCUGUGUCUUGAGAAAGCCAUUGAAGAUUCAACUAUGCUCCUUGUGGUGUUGCUUGUGGUGUUCUCAGAAAACUAUGCAUCUUCCACGUGGUGCCUGAAGGAACUUGCAAAAAUAUUAGACCUCUGCAGAAAUCAAGAUCACCUUGUUAUACCUGUGUUCUAUAAAGUAGAACCUUCAGACGUGAGGAAGCAGUCUGGGAGUUAA